GCAAGCUCUUUCACUAACACCAUUUGCUUAUAAGCUUCACCAAGUCUUCUUCUUCUUCUUCUUCUUCUUACUAUUAUCUUCUUGUUUCAGUACUGCUUGGAUCAUUCUUUCCCAGUUUCUCUAAUCUAAUGGAAACCAAAGGUUAUACCCAAGACGGAACUGUAGAUCUUCGUGGCCGCCCGGUGCUCGCCUCUAAAACUGGGAAAUGGAAAGCCUGUGCUUUCCUCCUUGGAUAUGAAGCAUUUGAAAGGAUGGCUUUCUAUGGAAUAGCUUCAAACUUAGUGAACUACUUGACCACCCAACUCCAUGAAGACACAGUUUCAUCUAUUAGAAAUGUGAAUAUCUGGUCAGGAUCGGUUUGGAUUACACCAAUUCUCGGAGCAUUCAUCGCAGAUACAUACAUGGGUCGAUUCUGGACUUUCACUGUUUCAUCUCUCAUCUAUGUCAUGGGAAUGAUAAUGCUGACAACAUCAGUUUCAUUGAAGUCUUUGAAGCCAACUUGCAGACAAGGUGUUUGUAACAAGGCCUCAACUCUACAAGUUGUCUUCUUCUACACAUCACUUUACACCAUAGCCAUAGGAGCUGGGGGAACAAAGCCCAACAUAUCAACCUUUGGGGCAGACCAAUUUGAUGAUUUCAAUCCCCAUGAAAAGAAGCUCAAGGCCUCAUUCUUCAAUUGGUGGAUGUUCAGCUCUUUCUUGGGUGCCUUGGUUGCCACUCUUGGCCUUGUUUACAUUCAAGAAAACUUGGGUUGGGGACUUGGCUAUGGGAUCCCAGCAGUUGGCCUUUUGUUCUCCCUCUUUGUGUUCUAUUUUGGGACCCCAAUGUACAGGCACAAAGUAAAGAAGACUAAAAGCCCUGCCUGGGACCUUAUUCAAGUCCCCGUUGCCGCCUUUCAGAAUCGGAAACUUCAGCUCCCUAUCAACCCAUCUCAGCUUCAUGAACAUGAGCCUCAAGAUUACAUCAGCAGUGGAAAAAGACAAGUGUAUUACACUCCAAUUUUCAGGUUCUUGGACAAGGCUGCAGUGAAAGAUGGCAGCUCAAGUAGCGCACCUUGCACAAUAACUCAAGUGGAAGGAACCAAGCUUGUCCUCGGGAUGCUAUUAAUAUGGCUAGUGACCUUAAUACCUAGCACUAUAUGGGCUCAAAUAAACACACUGUUUGUAAAACAAGGCACCACCAUGGAUAGAAGCAUAGGUUCAAGCUUUCAAAUCCCAGCAGCUUCACUGGGGAGCUUCGUCACCCUCUCCAUGCUCAUCUCCGUGCCGUUGUACGACCGCCAUUUCGUACCAUUCAUGCGUCAAAGAACCGGAAAUCCUAGAGGGAUAACCCUCCUCCAAAGGCUUGGCAUCGGAUUUGUCAUCCAGAUCAUUGCCAUUGCUAUCGCAUAUGCCGUCGAGGUUCGGAGGCUGCAUGUCAUAAGAGUGCACCAAAUCACAGGGCCUAAAGAAAUUGUUCCCAUGAACAUAUUCUUCCUGUUGCCUCAGUAUGUCCUGUUGGGGAUAGCUGAUGUGUUCAAUGCCAUUGGACUGCUGGAAUUCUUCUACGACCAAUCACCGGAAGACAUGCAAAGCCUGGGGACUACCUUUUUCACCAGUGGUAUCGGAAUUGGGAACUUUUUGAACAGCUUUUUAGUAACAAUGGUGGAUAAAAUCACAAGCAGAGGUAAUAACAUAAGCUGGAUUGGAGACAACUUGAAUGACUCUCAUCUAGAUUACUACUAUGGGUUCCUUUUGGUCAUAUCAACCCUUAACUUAGGGGCCUUUCUUUGGGCAUCAAGCAAAUAUGUCUACAAAAGGGAAACCAAAGAAGUCAAUGAGGGUUGUAUUGAAAUGGAUAGUAAAGCCUUAGAGAAAUAUCCAAUAGGAUUACAAGUAUAAACAGACAAAUAAACAUAUACAUACAUAUAUUAAAAAAUGGUGGCAUAUGAUCAUGUUAUACCCUUUGUAUGAUAUGUGCAGCAAUUAAUGUUUUCGGAUUCUAGUUUAAA